AAAUGAUAUUUAUUAUUUAUUUAGUAUUGUUUUCAAUGCUGCCACCACACUACGUAAGACAUAAUUUCGUACGCAGUCGGUGAUAUUUACAACUAUUAUUUCCCUAGUGUUUUGACAAAUACAAUACAAUUUUCUACUAAUUGUUAUUCAGAACACUAUUUCUUUGAUCUGGUACUGAAAGAGGUUGAAACAUCUUGAAAUAUAGUGAAAAUGUUUUGUUAACAGUUGAAGUCGGCAUAGUGGAUUCUUUUUGACAAAAUAUGGUCGUACGUUUCGCCUGAACAGAUCAGUGAUGACUGAACAAACUGAAGAUUGUUAUUUAGACGGAGAAGUAGUAUGGGUGAAGCUUGGCUCAUGCUGGUGGCCCGGUGAGGUGGUGGGCUCGGAAAAGCUCCCACCAGAUGUAUUGCCAUCAUUUCGGAAACCUCCUAUUGCUGUGGUCAAAUUUUUCCAAGAGGACACCUUUGAAUAUGUCAAGAACAAUAAUUCUAUCUAUAAAUAUAAUUGCAGUCGAAAAAAUGAAUUUAUCAACAAAGGACUAUAUAUGUACAGAACUAAACAUGGGCUCAUGGAAAAGUUCCCAGAAGAUGUUAUUCGAGCAGAGACAGCGGUUGGUGGUGACAUUACGAUUCUAACCAGAGAUGAGUUCCAAGAGACCAAAAAGGAGAGCUAUGCUGGCAUUUUUGGUGACUCAAGUAAAACACCUGGGUCAGGAAAAAAAGGAAAAGGCAAAGUAAAAUCUUCAGAGUCAUCAAAAUUAUUUACACCUAUGAGAAAGAUCAAAGAAAAAUCUGACUACAAGGUACACAUUUUAGUUCAAGGUUCAAAUACACCUAGUCAACCAAUAGAAGGUCCAUCAACACCAUCAACUAGUUGUACUGAAUCUGAUGUAACAAAUGAAAAAUCACCAACUAUAGAAAAUACACCCGAAUCACUGCCAUUAACUCCAUCAUGCUCAAGUUCUGGAAUCUACUCUUGUCAUGCUUGUCCAUUCUCUACAACACGUUUAAAUGUCUUAAUUUUACAUAAUAAAACACACAGCGUCACAUUUACAGCAUACACACCAUCACCUGUUCGGAAAAAACCUGUAAAAUCUUCACCAAAGUCUACUUCCAGCAAACAGAUAACACCAAAAAUUAGGCGACCACGUAAGGAAAAGUCAGAUAUCGGUUCUAAAAAAACGGUCAAAUCAUUAAAACGUGUCCCAGAAGAUGGCAAUGAUAAUAGUACUCAUAUUAAAAAGCUUAAAACUGAUGAAGAAAUUAAAAGUAGUCUUUUAGCAGAUUGGGAUGAUGUAGAUGACGAAGAAUCAAAUGACGAGUAUCAAUCAUCUACUAUGGUAAUGGCUGGUUUGCCGGAAGCAGCAGUUGCAACUGAAUCACCCGCGGUUCCUACUUCUGCUGAACUACCCGUUACUCAAGGUUGUAGAGAAAUGUCACCCCCAACUGAUAAACGAUGCGACGAUUUGUCUACUAAUGAAAAAGCAGAAUGUUCUAGUGACUCUAAAUAUGAAUUUUGUGAAGAUGAAGAUUGGCCUUUAGAAACAGAUGCAGGUCGAAAAAUUCCGAGAGUUAAAAAUGCCUCCAAACGAAAAGACGAUACUAAGAGUGUUAGUUUAGACGACGAUGAAAUGGCUAAAGAAGUUGCUGAAUUACUCAGUAAAACGGCGGUCCCAGAAUUACCUUCAGUGCCGGAAUCAUUAAAGGUAGAGGAAAAUUUUCCUGAGCCUUCUAUCGUGAAAUCCCCGGAUAAAAAAUCUGAAAAUUUGAGUGAAUCAUCUCAAAAUUCUGUAAAGGUUACAGAAAAACAACCUACAAAAGCAAUUUUUAAAACUAAAACAUUUUUUCGUAGCCGACACUCUAGAAGUCAAGAUGCAAUAGGUAAAUACGUAGCGGAACAGUUAAAUGCCGUAGAAAGAAUGGAUAUGUCAGAAAACGAGAUCAACGGUUCCGAUGCUGUAUCAUCACCAGAAGCAAGGGAUACUUCCCCGGUGGAACAAGUAAAAGUAGCUAGAUUAGCACCAAAAAUCCAGCUAAAGAAAAUGAAAGCAGAAGCAGCACAAAUGCGAGAGAAGGAGAGAAUCAAUAAAGACCAAAUUGUUGAAGAGUUAAGUAUUCCAGUUCCAUCUGUCGCAUCUAAAUCAGAUGAUAAAUUUACCACUAACGUAUUCACAAAUAAAGAAACUGAUAAGGACGAUAAGCUACCUCUAUCUUCUUGUCAUGAUGUUUUGUACCCUUCCCAGGAAAUCAAGUUAGCAAAUGAAGCUGUUACGGUGGAAGAUAAGAAUAUUAAAAAUAGUGAAGAAAAUAAUAAAGAAAAUCUACAUGAUGGUAGGCCAGCAAAUACAAUAACUAUCACCAAUGAUAUGGGUAAAGAGUUUGCUGCUUCUGAAGUAAAUAAAAUGGAAACAACUUUAUCUGUUGAAAACUUGUGUGAUACAAUGAAGUCGUAUGAACAAGUAAAGGAACCUUUAAUGAAUGAAUCUACUGCAUCAGCUGUUGAUGCAUUAUUAAGCGUGUCUCGAGAUGCAGACAGAGUUACUCGAAAUAUUAGUAAUGAUCCGCCUGAAGAUUUAUUUGAAGAUGAUAAUAAAGAUAUUGGAACUAAUAACAACGUCAAUGGUAUCAAUGAUAAUGUAAAUGAGACAAAUUCUGUCAACAAAGAUUUAGUACUAAACUCGGAAACUGAACAUGAUCCUCACGUAAACACUAAAAAUAUUAUUAAUGAAAAUAUUGAUGUCAUUGAACAGCCUGAAACAAAUUCUUUAGAAAAUAAAUCUAUUUCAAUGGAUAUUGUGGAAUUACCUAUAGAUGAAAAGAUAAUAGAAAAUAAUAAUUCUUCAGAAAAUGUAGAAAAUGUGCCUUCUGAAUCUGAUCUGCAAAUAGCAGAAGCACUUAUAAAUUUGCCAGCAACGGCCAUACAGAAUAAAUGUAAUGACCAUCAAGAUAUUUUUAUACCAACAGAGAUAAAACACUCUAAAGAAACAAUUUUAAAGACCUCUGAUGAUAUAGCAAUUGAAGAUCAUGUUUUAGAUGAAACAGAAGAUGAUAAGAAAUCACCUGAUUUGAAACUUUCAUCUGAUGAUAAUAUAAAUGUUCGAUUUGAAACCGAACAAGAAAAAAGUGAAAAUUUGAAUGCCGCUCAAUCAUUAGUGCAGAUGUCAGAAUCCGUAGAUCAUAAAAUUAAUAUUAUUGAAACAAAUACUGUAAAUAAUAAUGACGCCACAGAUGUAAGUUCAUAUAGUUUAAAACAGAAUAAUGGAAUAGAUAAUAUUAAUACAGUGGAACAAAAAGUAGCUUUACUAUCCAGUGAUCCUGGUAGUGAACCAAUUCCUAAACCUAAAUUUGAAACCACCUCCUCCAAAUUAUUAAAAAUUUUAGAAGAACCUGUUCCUCCAAAACUCUCUUUAACAAAGUCUACACCGACUAAGCAGAUUAUAAUACAACACAAAGAAAAAAAUUUAAAUUUUGAUAUUGCUAAAUCAUCAUUAUCCACAAAAAAUUCUCCAGUUAUCAUACGCCGGACGCCCUCUAACAAAACCAUAAUUAAUAACUUGAAUGAAAUAUCUUCAGAAAAAAUUGUAUUAUCACGUAAUAAUAAGCCUGUGCAAGAUGCGUCUUCGGUGCAAACUUAUACUAUUCAGACAGCCUCUGAAAAUACUACUGGCCCUAAUACUAUUACAAUAAUUCAGCAAAAACUUAGGAAAGUGCCGAAAACAUCCUCAAAGCUACACAAAAUUAAACCGAACCAAUCUCAGAAUUCUCUUGUUUCUCCAUUGGUCGACAAUAAAUUACAAAAUGAAACAACUGAUGAAGCAAUGUUUGAUAUUAAUUCUAUGCCCAUCGUUUUGUCAGAUGAUCUAUUGACACCGGAGAGUAUUGAGAAAAUGCCGAUUGUUAUGUCAGAUGGUAAUAUUAUUUCUAACACACAGCAUCCGCCCAAACUAAUUAAAACAAAACCGUCUGCAGUUGAAAGUGAUAAAAAUUCAGCACAUAAUAAACCUGAAGUGAAAACAUUACUUAUGAAUCCAGUGACAGAAGUAAAUAAGAUAACUCCCAAUAUUCUUUCUAAGUCGUCAAAAUUACGUGGCACUAAGCCUAUGUUGGUAAUUGAUAAAGCAACUGGUAAACAAAAAAUAAUAGUCACCAAGACAGAACCUAUUAUUAAAGAAGUUAAACAAACCCCGACAUUAAUACAACCAGCACCCCAGAGUACUGGAAAAGCAGAAAAAUUUAUAAUCUUACCAACACCUAGUUCGCCUAGACCAGGAGGGCGUCCUCAAAAAAUUGUUAUUGAUCCGCAAACGGGUAAAGCUCAUGUACUAGUUGCUAAAGGACCAGAUACAUCUAUCAGUGCAGUGGCUGAAAAUAAGCCCGUAUCCGCCAAGUUAAUACCAUCUUCUUCGGAUGGUAACACACCUGGUGGCACCGUAAUGAUUAUAACUAACGCUCAAGGCGCUAAAUCUAGAAUAGUUCUUACUCCCGAGCAUGAAAAGAUGCUAUUUCCCAAUAAACAGACCGCUAAUAUGUCGCAAUUGAAAACGAUCACUCAUCGGAUAUCACCUAACCUUAACUCGGGGAAUAUCCAAAAAACUGUAGUAACAGGUGUUGCUCCUAUCAAAAAUCAGACAAGAAUUGUACCGAAACAGAAAAAUGCGAUAAUUACUUCUAAAGGUCAAUUGAUUGUAGGAGGUCGUGUCGCUACAGCUACUCAGAACAUAGCUCCAAUGCCUGAAAUACGACCCAGUCCAAAACGGAUUAUAGCUGCUGCUGAACCACCAAAAAAAAUUAUACAAACUAUACAAAAGACGUCAUCGGAACCGCUAAUAUUCUUACAACAAAAGUCUGGGACAGUAGUACAAUUAACAGCAUCACAAUUUGAACACUUUCAAAGGACUGGACAGAUUAUCCAAAAGGUAUCGGCACCUAUACAUGAAAAUAAAAUUAUCGUCCAGAAAACAAAAACGAUUCCUGCCAAUGAAAUGAUCGUUUCAAAAUCGAGAGCAAGGAAAACCGCCAUUGAAUCACCGAUGCCCGCCAAAAAGAUAAAACAUGAAAUAGCAAUAGCACCAGCUCCGGUGCUUACAUCGAUGCCUGCCUUGGCGCCUAUAUCGAAUCCACCCAUUACAAGUCUCUUACAACCGAAUAUCGUUUCAAGUACCAUCUCUGUUACUACGACACCCACAUACCCUGAAUUGGAGAAUUUUGAAGAACUACUACCAUCUACUGCAAUCGUACGACAGUCGGAGGUGGGAGCAUCGCAGGCAGAGCCGUCUGUCCCCGCGCCCGCGCUGGCUCCCCUGCUGUCCGCCGCCCCCGCGCCCUCGACGACCCUGACUCCCGCGCCUGCCCCUGCAGCCGCCCCUCCUGCGCCUCUCUCCGAUGGUCAACUGCUGGCAGUACCCGGAGAGCACUUUGGUGGCCCACAAGGCUCUUUCUACCUCUGUGUCGAGGACAAUGGCACUUUAACACCCAUAGACAAUAGACCUUUGGUUUUGGAAAACAAUCAACUCGUACCGAUGGCCGUUGAACCUAUACCGAUUCUCGCUCCACAACCAGAACGUCGAGAUAUACUUGAAGCGGCUUUGGCGAAUAGCGAUGUGUUUCACGCAGAAACGCCAAGGGACGAGGCACCCGAUUUUCGAGAUUUAAAUGCGAACGUUUCGGUACACUGUCGCGUGUCCGAAACGAGUACAACUUUAAAUCAGCCUAUAAUGACCCCGGUCGAAAUGCCCACGAAAGGUGACAGCGAACCUACGGUCCCCUCCAACUUGGAAGACGGACUCGCCGUAAUAGGCGUUACACCACAUACGGUCCCUACUUCGCUUGAAUUGCCCAUUACCGUCACAGAUCCAAGAAUAGCUCCCAAAACAACAGAUCCAUUAAGUGGGACAAACUAUGGAACUACAUUGUUACCAUCCCCAAAUACAGAAAUGACUUUUGUGACUACUGAGGAAGUAGAUAUGCCAUCGGUUGGUCCCAUUUCGAUGCCAAUAUUAACUGACGAAGAAUCUGUAGGUAAAUCUAUGCCAAUACUGACUGACGAUGUAGCUGAGAGAACGGUUUCAUCUGUUGAAUCUACGAUCGGAUCGCCGUCGUCUAUUGAUGUGAGGGAAUCUGAGACGGAGGACGGGAGUAACUGGACUCGACGACUCCUAACGCCCGGCUCUGAUACGUCAGAGACUUCCGCAGAAAUCCCUCUUCAACCCGUUAUACAACUUUCUGCAAACGAGUUGUCUCGUCACAGCUAAACAUGGAAUUAUAGGGUCUGUGUCUAAUACGGUUUAUGAAAAUUUCUUUUUUUUAUUUUCAAGAGAAUUUUAUUUAUUGAUAGGUUCUUGGAGUAAAACUUUACAUUACAUAUUUUAAAUGUGCAAUAGAAUAAGACGUGACUCUAUCAUUGUACACUAUUAGAAGCGACGAAGCUUGAUAUGACUUGUUGUUUCGAGGUGUGUUUUUUUACUAUUCGCCUCAAUUUCAUAAAGUGUGAUUAUUGAUUCUUGUUAAAGUUUAUGUCACUGUAAUUUAAAAGUGAGCUUGUGUACGUUACAAACGUACAACUGUGUAAAUAUAUUCACAUACCGUGAAAGAGCAUAUUGUAUGACUUUUUUAUUUGAAUUUCUUAUUCAAAUUGAUGCAUUAGUGCAGAAAAAUAUAUAAAUUAAGAAUUACAUGUAAUUGUAAAUUUAAUUGAAUAAUGAUAUUGUUGGAUCGUAUCUGUAAUAUAUAAAAGUUUAGGUAUAUAAUAUUUUUAUAACGUCGGAAAAGGCUUGUGUGUAAUCUUUACACAGAAAAAUAAGGACAGUUGUGGUGUGUUCAUACAAGCGUAUGUACAUGUCGGAAGUGUAGACGGGUCCUAGACCUAGCGUCAAAUAGGGCCAGUUUAUUAUUACACAGGAAUGAAUGACUAUAUCAUGAUGUAGUGUUAAUGUUAAGUACAAUAUUGUUGAGUAACUAUGAAGCCUAUGUAACUAAAGCAGAUAUUGGUUUGUUUGUGUGAUCUACGACAGAAUCUAGAUCGUGGAAUGGAGUCGUUAGAAUUAACUUCUGUGUAGUUUUAAUGAAAAUAAAUUUUAAUCAUAAUUAUUGUGCUUUAAUUAUACUCUUGAACUAAAUAUCUUAGAUUUAUGCAAUACCACUGUACUGUCUUAUUCAAUUUUAAUCGUUUUAAGAAAGCAAUUACUGAUUUCUGAUUAUCAGAGCGCGCGGCCAGAGAACAAUAGGAUCCCAACAAUUAUUCAUGAGUUGAAAUGCAUGGGACAUUACAU